GCGUUUAAGCGAAGCUGGUUCUUUUCGGAAAGAGCACCAACUAACCAAUGUCGCGUUUGAUCAUCCAAGAGUUGCGACUUCCCCAUCUGUGCCGGAUGCAAAUCUGCUCAUCAUCCCUUGACACGGCAGAGUACAGUGUCGAUCCUACCUCAAAAGGCUGCUGCAAUGAUCACUCUUACCCGUCAUUGCGGACCGACACACCACGCAUGCAUUAGAUCUGUCUACAAGACUCGAGUUUAAGGAGACAACCGCUCCAAGGAGAUGCUGGACGCAGCAAGCUGAGUACGCUGAUCAAUAGGAUACUGACAUCACGCAACUGGUUUCAAGUCAUGGAACACGUUUGGUCACUUGAUUGUUUAUUACUUGCUGUAUAUGAUGGCUUGCCCCUACUCGUACAAUCCCUCCAAAGUCGUGAGUCAAGGCGAAGGUGUUGAGAGAUGAUGGCUGCAGCACAGCAUGCGUUUCGAUCGCCUUCAACAGGAAGCCAACACAUAGCCACUGGAAGAUCAAACCCGUGGCUAGACACGGUACUAUCAACAGAACCAACACCUCCAGAGCCAGUACCAAAGUCUAGGCGAGACAAUCCGUACACGAAAACCGAAUCACCAGUCACUCGACCUCCAUCGCCCUCCACGUCAAAACGAAAACCAUCGUGCUUCGCAUCAGGACGAAAAUCAUCACACCAGCCAUCAAGCAGUUCACCACCAAGAAAGGCCACCCCAAAACAGCCACCCGCCCAAACCUCACUCGAUGAAGCCUUCAAAGCAGCCAUCAAAGCAAUAGUACCAGAACGUGAAGCUGCCACCCGGAAAGCUCGAAAAGCAGCAAAAGGCCGUACUCUCACUAUACAAUCACCUCACAUUACUACAUUGUCACCAAUACCACAUCAACCCCCACGACCGAAGAUAGAGCCAGAGUUGCGGACAGCGGUUGACAAACUCACAUUCAGUCGAUUACGGACGGUGGUUUAUAAAACACUGAACUCGUCGCCUCAAGCGAGGGCGAUAUUCGAGAAGGAGGUUUUAACAGUACAACCAAUUGACUCGGGCGUCGAUGAAGGCACGGUGGGAAUGAACAAGAGACCGAGGCUCGAAAUGUGUAGAUUAUGUAAGAGCGAGUUCGACGUCACGGAGAAUGCAGAGAACAGUUGCGUACAUCAUAGUGGGGAACUAGAGCCAGAUGAGCGAGCAUGGCAAGAUCAUGAUUCAGUAGAGGAUGGCCCGAUAGAUACAGCCGAGAAUAAGGAGAACCAUCCUGAUUGCUUCAGGUGGGAUUGCUGUUCCGGGGAGGGUGACGACGAUGGUUGUGAAACCACCGCGCACGAAGCAGAUGAAGCAUUCAAUCCCAAGAGGCCAAAGAGAUAUCGGGAGUUCUGAUGACAAAAGUCAACAUGUAUUGGUCAAAUAUGUACCACGCUUUUUCAGAACAAUCAAAGAUACAAU